CAAACCGUCGAGCGCGAUAAAACUGAAAAACGGGAAAACAUUUGGCAAAAGCGACGCUUGACAAACCGCAACCAAUGCAUACCAAGUAAAUCUGUAGCAGAGCAGUCGCGCCGCGCAGCCCACGCCCACCCAGCCAGCGACACACCACACCGCGAGACGAACAACGAGACAGGGAGCUCCACUCACACCACAGCACACUCACGCCCACAGAGACAGGGCGAUGUCACACCUACCUGUGCCACUGUACGGCUUCGCAGCGUUUUUCAUGAUUUUCUGGUUUGGCACCUGGAUGGUCCAUCUGAUAGCCAUUUGCUACGGGAAGUACAAGCUGCACAAGAAGUCGUGCAAGCUGCCGCCAGAGUCGUCGCCACUGCCGGGUGUCUCCAUCCUUAAACCGCUGAUGGGCGUGGAUCCGAACUUGCAGCACAACCUGGAGACCUUCUUCACGAUGGACUAUCCCUUGUACGAGCUGCUUUUCUGUGUGGAGGACAAGGACGAUCCGGCCAUAAAGCUGGUCGAGGGCCUGCUGGAAAAGUAUCCCCGGAUAGACGCCCGGCUCUUUGUGGGCGGCUCUGAUGUGGGCGUCAAUCCGAAAAUCAACAACAUCCAUCCCGGCUACAUGGCGGCAAAGUUCGAUUUCGUUAUGAUCUCCGACAGUGGCAUUAAAAUGAAGAACGACACGCUGCUGGACAUGGUCCAGAACAUGUCCGAGAAGCACGCCCUGGUCCAUCAGAUGCCGUUCACCUGCGACCGGGAGGGAUUUGCCGCCAUUUUCGAGAAGGUCUUCUUCGGCACCGUCCAGAGCAGAAUCUACCUAUCGGCCGAUGUUCUCGGCAUAAACUGCCACACGGGAAUGUCGUGUCUUCUGCGGAAAGCAGUCAUCGAUCAGCUGGGCGGCCUAAGGGCCUUUGGCUGCUACCUUGCGGAGGACUUCUUUAUCGCCAAAGGCGUAACGAAGCUGGGAUGGAAAAUGAGAAUCUCCAACCAGCCCGCUCUGCAGAACAGCGGACUGUGCGACAUCGGCAGCUUUCAGGCGCGGCUCAUACGAUGGGCUAAGCUGCGCGUGGCCAUGGUGCCCACGACCAUCCUGCUGGAGCCGCUCUCCGAGUGCAUGAUUCUGGGGGCUUUUGCGGCCUGGUCAGCCUCGGUUCUGUUCAACUGGGACCCCCUGGUGUUCUACAUGGUGCACAUACUCUGCUGGUUGCUUUCCGACUGGCUGCUGCUCUCCAUAGUCCAGCACGGCUCAAUGCCGUUCCACAAGUUCGAGUUUGUCAUUGGCUGGCUGUUCAGGGAGCUGACGGGGCCCUAUCUGUUCCUGCACGCGCUCUGGGACCCGGCGAUACGUUGGCGAACUCGCACCUUCAAGCUACACUGGGGUGGCAUGGCCUACGAGCUGAACACACCCGCCGAUUGUCAAACCGCACCGCUGCAGCCACAGCCGGCGCCGACGUUACCGACGGAUUCGGGUCAAGCGGUGGCGGAGGUCACGCCAGCGGCCACAUUCUGUACAGGAGCGAAGCACCGUCUGCUGGUGUCGUAGCAGCAACUAGUUAAGUUAACUAUUUUGUACUUUUGAGUAACUCAGCGGACUGCAAACGUAGACGGAAGACGGAGCUGGUGACUGGUGACGUCUGGUAGUAGUAUUAUUAGCUAAACCCUUAGUCACUACGUAAGCAUAGACUUAAUGCUGUAAAAAAGAACAGACUCGACUCCACCCUCAUGCAUAGGCAUAGCGCACACCCCCCCACACCCACACCUACAUCCAAAGGUCCAGCUUUAAGGGAAUUCAGUUAAUAGCUGCGUUUAGACACACUACAGUCUUUGACAUGCAGCGUGGCAUGCCAGUGUAGAUUAGAUUAGAUUCGAGGCUGAGGCAUUGAUUCGACUCAUUGACAAACAACCGAGCGUCGCCGACUUGUGUUUCUCAGAUCACAUCAAUCUGGGCCUCUAGGGCCGCCGAGCUUGUGGCACAGUUUGGUGGCUUCGCGCAAACUGGUUAGCAAUUCCUAGUUUCUACGACAUAAGUUGUUGCUUUGUAUAUAUAAUGGUAUAUAUUUGUAGCCAACAUUUACACCCCACCCCUAGCCUGUACAGACAUUUUGCGAUCGCGAAUAAUACUCGUUGCGAGACAUAGUUGUAGUUAGCAGACGUUUAUAAUUAUUUUUUUUCUGCUCUUGUUGUUGCUUUUUCGUAUCGUAAUUAUUGAUUAUUUUGUAUAGCUAAGCCCACCCUAGGUAUGAUUUAUAUAGUUUGUAGAUAAAUAGUCUUAUUAGUUGCGUCUUUUGUUUGUUUACUGCAGCUUCUGUACAUAAAUAAGCUCCGAUAAAGAAUGCCAUUGAAUAAAUCAAAUUUACAUGAUCGUG